GAAUGAGCCAGCAGUGUUCUACCAUGAAGUGCCCCAGUUGCUCAAGUGUUCCCCUGCAGCCAGAGAGCUAGCAGGAAGUGCAGCUCGGUCGCCUCUCGACUCGUCUCAUCAAUGCAGCUUUCAUUCUCCCUCGGUGGGGCAAGAUGGAAGCUGUACAUAAGGACCACUGGUACUUCGUGGUACUCAUCUUUCUUCAUUUUCUUAAAGGUGCUGUCCAGCAGAUGGAGGCUGUUUCAGUCCGUCUGGAGGAAGGGAUGGUUCUCAGCUGUUUGUGCCCCUGGGAUGGCAACCUCAGCAUGGUGUCCUGGACCAAAGUACCAGACAAGGAUCCGGUAGCCGUUUUCCAUCCAGAGUAUGGAGUGGACUUUUCUCAGCACUACCGGGAGAGGAUAGAGUUCCUGAGGACCACGCCUAUGGAUGGAAGUAUUUCCAUGAGGAACGUAACUCACCAGGAUAUCGGGGUCUACCACUGCUCGGUUCAGACCUUCCCUCAAGGCCCCUGGACAAGGAACAUUCAGGUGGAAGACUUAGAUGAGCCCCCAGAGGAAGACAACGGCACAGAGCCCCCCAGUCCAGAGGCGAUCGAGACCAACACGGAGCUGGUGGCAGAGCCGAACAACAACGUGACCAUCGGCUGUAACCACCAGCACAACGGCACCAUUUACCAGGUCAUUUUGGAGAAGAUGCCGCAUGGCCAGGCCUGGGCCAUCAUCGGAGUGUGUAAGAAGGUGGAAGGGGGCCUGGUGAGCGAGGACUACAGCGACAGGGGCAGAGUCAGCUGUUUGGACAGCCUGGAUGUCAGUCUGCACCUGACGGGUGUGGUGCCGGAAGAUGCCGGUUUCUACCGCUGUAGCUUCAGCACAGACGCAGGGCCGCGGACCACCACAGUGCUGCUCAUUGUGCCCCCUCCAGGUGGAUUCAGCCUAUCCGUGUACAUGAUGUAUAUGUACAUCGGGGCUGGAGCUGCUGGGCUUAUUCUACUCAUUGCCAUCAUUAUACUAGCAGUGAAGCGCAGGAAGAAGAACAGGAGAGAGGAGUACAGAGUCAAACUGCACCCAUCUCAGAGAGAGUUAAACCUCUAUGCGAACAUCUCCAUGUGUCGCAGGGUGGAAAAGAAGUCCAGGCAGAUCAAAAAUUGCCCAAUCUAUGCCAACCUACGGACUGUGCGAUCACACAAAACCAUACGUCAGCUUCAUGAUAAAUGAGCAUACAUAAAUAUGAUGUAUUGUGUAAUGUGGUCGUGUAGUUCUUCACAAACAAAGCAGAUUCAUGUACACUGGCUUGAGAAAGCAUUCAUACCCCUUCACUUUUUACACACUUUAUUGUGUUGUAGAUGAGUUUUUUUUCAAAUGGAUGAAAUUUGCCAUUUUUGCCCAUCAAUCCACACUCAAUAAUCCAUAAUGACAAUGUGAAAACAUGUGUUAAAAAUCAAAAACCUCAAUUCAUGUGUAUAAGUAUUCAGACCCUUUGCUCUGGCACUCUUACGUUGUUGCCAGGUGCAUCCUGUUUGCUCUAAUUAUCCUGGAGAUGUGUCUGGAGCUUGAUUGGUGUCCACCUGUGGCAAAUUGCAUUGAUUGGACAUAGUUUAGGAAAGGCCUCGCUCGGCUUGUCACUUCUACAACACAGUAAAGUGUGCGAAAAGGGAAGGGGUCUGAAGACCUUUCUGAAGGAACAUACACUGACAUUGGGCUGAUUCUAAUUAUUUCAGGGAGGGAUCACACUGAUUAAUAUUCACACUGUGGUUUGGCAUGAGUUAAGCUGCUGCUCAUGUGAGUCUCAGAGGGCUGACGGGUUUGUUUGUGUUCAACCCUGCUCCCACUAAUUAAAUGUAGUAUGUACUUCAUAAUUACUGUUGAGGAAAUAUUUGUUUUGUGCAAAACAAAAUUUGACAGUCACCGUUAUGCAGACAAAAGCCUGUAUAAUCAUUCCUUUCACGUCCCCAACCCCCGAGUAAAACGAUUGACAAAAGCCUGUGUAAUUGCUCUCCUUUUACUUUCAUCCCUCCUGGUUUCCAUUCAAAGCUUGACAAUGGUGUCUAAUCAUCUAACGGGAAAAGAGAGGCAGUCACUCAGCACUGUACCAUCACUUGAGACUGUCGCUUUCCCCAAAGGGCUCUCCGUCUAGGAUGGCUGCAUUCUAGUUACAGCAUGCUCUUAUUAUGAAAGCUAAACUCUAAUUGGAUAAUCCUGUGCUUUAGUUUACAGCUCCUUAUUCUUUGUCUAUCAACUGUUUAUUGAUGAAUGUGUUGGUUCAUUUUUCACUCUGCGUUUUGAAAAUAUAAUUGAAAAAAGAAAAGUCAUUUUUUAUGAUAAGCUGUCACAAGUCUUCCACGUUGUAUUUAUUUUUGUUUGAUUUCUAAGCUUGCCUAUAGGCUUCAGUAAAUCAAUAUUUAAGGUUUAUGGUAGUGCUAUUAAGCUGUGUGUUGUUUAUGUGUAAUGUGAUUCAUUUAUCUCCAUAGAAAUGGAGGCUGUGGCAGAGGCAGUAAUGGAUAUGCAGGCUAUCCUGCUAGGAAACAAGACAAAUGUGGACAAGCUAGAAAUGUGGAACAUAAAAGGGGACAAUAUAGUUUGGAACCACAAGUUUUUACCUUCAAUGUCUCAUCUCGCUGUUUCCGGCAAAACAGUAGAAGCUGCAACUGUACAUUUGACUAUGAUACUUGUAAUGCUGUGUGUGUUACCAGCAAUACUGAAGCUGAUGUGUGUGACCGUAAAUGACUCCAAUGUGGUAUAAAUAAAACAAUGUCAUAAGCUCACUAA